AUGAGUGAAGAAUUAAAAUCAUUAAUUCAACCACAUAUUGAUUCAUUUGAUUUUUUUACAGAUCAUGGUAUUGAUUUGAUUUUAAAAUCAAAUGAACCAUUAUAUUUCGAACAUAAAGAAAGACAAUAUAAAAUUAAAUUCACUCAAUUAAAAUUAGGUAAACCAGUACAUAAUUUUAAAGAAAAGGAGGUUAGAUUUUAUCCAAAUGAAGCAAGAGAAGCAGGUGUAACAUACGAUGCACCAUUUAAAGGUGAAGUCAGUUUAUAUGAAGGUGUUGAUUCAGACGAACCAAUCCACAAAGUUGAUGUAGAUUUAGGUAGAAUGCCAAUUAUGGUAAAAUCUAGAUUUUGUCAUUUAAAUGGAUUAUCCUCAGAAGAGUUAAUCGAAAAAAGAGAAGAAGAAUUAGAACAAGGUGGUUAUUUUAUUGUUAAUGGUAAUGAAAAAGUAGUACGUAUGUUGGUUAUGACUAAAGCAAAUCACCCAGUAGCCCUCCACAGAAAAGCAUGGACUAAUCGUGGCCCAGGUUACACUAAAUUUGGUAUUACAAUUCGUUGUGUACGUCCAGAUCGUACUUCAAUUACAAAUAAUCUUCAUUAUAUCAGUGAUGGUCAAAUUACACUUCGUUUCCUCUAUCGUCGUCAAGAGUUCUUUUUACCAGCCACCUUACUUCUCAAAGCACUCAAAGAUACCACCGAAAGAGAAAUCUAUGAAAAUUUAGUUCAAGGAGAUAAUGAAAACACUUUUCUUACUGAUCGUGUCGAGUUAUCACUUCGUGAACAAAAAAUUAAUAAUAUCAAUACUCAAGAAGAAGUUUUAGAUUAUAUUGGUUCACGUUUCAGAGCUAGAAGUCAAUUACCAUCAUCAUUUUCAAAUACUCAAAUUGGUCAAUGGUUUAUUGAUAGCUAUGUUUUUGUACAUUUACCAAAUUAUAAAGAUAAAUAUAAUUUAUUAGUUUUAAUGAUUCAAAAAUUAUAUUCAAUGGUUGCAGGUAAAUCAGGUACAGAUAAUAUUGAUUCAGCUGCUUUUCAUGAAGUUUUACUUGCAGGUCAAAUUUUUGGCAGCAUUUUGGGUGAAAAAUUAACAGAGUAUUUAGAAUCAACUAGAUCAUUUACAUUAAAACAUUUUGAAGAUAAAAAGAAAGAAAAUGAUAAAUUAGAAAAUGUAUUUAAAAAGACAGUCGAAAAGAAUUUCAAAAUUGGUGAUAGAUUCAAUUACUUUUUAGCUACUGGUAAUUUAAGAUCAAAUUCAGGUUUAGAUUUACAACAAACUUCAGGUUUUGUUGUUAUUGCAGAUAAAUUAAACUUUUUAAGAUUUAUUUCACAUUUUAGAUCAAUUCACAGAGGUGCUUUCUUUGCAACUAUGAAAACUACAUCUAUUAGAAAGUUAAUGCCAGAAUCAUGGGGUUUCUUAUGCCCAGUACAUACACCAGAUGGUGCACCAUGUGGUUUAUUAAAUCAUCUUACUUCAGCAUGUUUAGUUACAGUUGAUCCAUUACAAGACCAAAAGGUAUUGAAAGCUAGACCAUUAAUCCCAUCAUUUUUAGCAACUCAUGGAAUGUUACCAAUCGAUAUGACUACAGUUUUUUCACAUCAAUAUCUUACAAUUACACUCGAUGGUUGUGUAAUUGGUAAAAUCGAACAAAAAGCAGGUGAAGAAUUAGUUACAAUGCUCCGUUAUCUUCGUUCAGUUGGUACCGAACCAGCUAUUCCAAAAACUAUCGAAAUUUCAUACUCACCACCAUCAUCAGUAGAAAACUCUCAAUAUCCAGGUAUUUCAUUAUUUACAAGUGGUGCUCGUUUCAUGAGACCUGUUAUUAAUUUAACUAGUGGUAAAGAAGAGUUAAUUGGUCCACAGGAACAAUUAUAUAUGGAAAUCGCUGUAGUUCCAAACGAAGUUAUUAAAGGUGUUACAACUCAUAUCGAAACCUCACCAACUGCAAUGUUUUCAUUAUUAGCCAAUCUUACUCCAUUCUCAGAUUACAAUCAAUCACCAAGAAAUAUGUAUCAAUGUCAAAUGGCCAAACAAACUAUGGGUACUCCAUUACACUCAUACCCAUUCCGUACCGAUAAUAAGCUUUACAAGAUUCAAAAUAUUCAAAAACCAAUUGUUCACACUAAAAAUCAAUUUAAAUAUCGUGUUAAUGACUAUGCUCAUGGUUGUAAUGCUGUAAUUGCCGUAAUUUCAAAUACUGGUUAUGAUAUGGAAGAUGCUAUGAUUAUUAAUAAAUCAGCCUAUGAACGUGGUUUUGGUCAUGGUUCAGUUUACAAGAAUGAAUAUAUAGAUUUAGAUGAAGGUCUCAGUCGUUUUGAAUCAAAGAAAACUUUCUUUGGUCGUCCUAACUCAAGUGUUGAUAAUUUAGGCGAUUUUAUUGAUGUAGAUGGUUUACCAUUUGUAGGUCGUCUUAUUAAACCUGGAGAACCAUACUACACUUAUAUUCGUCCAAGCGAUGGUAAACAAGUUGUUAAAGAUUAUAAAGGUAAAGAAGAAGCAUAUAUCGAAGAGGUUCGUAUUUUAUUUGCAAGUGGUGGUACAGGUCGUGAGCCAUCUAAAAUUAAUAAUAUUUGUGUUAAACUCCGUUACAACCGUAAUCCAGUUAUUGGUGAUAAGUUUUCAUCACGUCAUGGUCAAAAGGGUGUUCUUUCUCAAUUAUGGCCAGAAGUUAACAUGCCAUUCACUGAAAGUGGUAUGAAACCAGAUGUUAUUAUUAAUCCAAAUGCUUUCCCAUCCCGUAUGACUAUUGGUAUGUUAGUCGAAAUUCUUGCUGGUAAAGCUGGUGCCAUUCAUGGUAAAUUCCAAGAUGCAACUGCCUUCCAAUUUGACGAAAAGAAUACAGCAAUCGAUUUCUUUGGUGAACAAUUAUCUAAAUCUGGUUUUAAUCGUUUCGGUAAUGAAACUAUGUACAGUGGUACUACUGGUAAAGAAUUUGAAGCUGAAAUCUUCUUUGGUGUUUGUUAUUAUCAACGUCUUCGUCACAUGGUUAAAGAUAAAUAUCAAGUAAGAGCUCUUGGUAAAGUUAAUGCAUUAACUCGUCAACCAAUCAAGGGUCGUAAAGUUGGUGGUGGUAUUCGUUUCGGUGAAAUGGAACGUGACAGUCUUUUAGCUCAUGGUGCCUCCUUCUGUCUUAAUGAUCGUCUUAUGAAAUCAUCCGAUUUUGCUAAAAUUAAAGUUUGUAAAUUAUGUGGUUCAACUCUCACUAUUUAUUCCAAAAAAGAUUAUUCCAACCAAACUGUUUCAGAAUGUAAAGCUUGUAAAUCAACUGAUUCAAUUUCAAUAGUUUCAAUACCAUAUGUUUUUACUUAUUUAGUUGCUGAAUUAGCUGCUGUUAAUAUAACAAUGAAAUUAACUGUUAAUUAA